UCGUUUUAUGUCAAAAAAAAAGUUGUGUCGUUUCUAUACCUUACUGUCGUUUAUGUCCUUUUAUUAUACAGUACUGUCGUUAUUGUCGUUUUUCAUGUCUGUUGUCGUUUAACUUUUUCCAGAAGGGUUCUUCUGCAUAUUUUUUUUUUCCUUUGAUUUUGAAGUUGAGGACAAAGGGGGCCAAAGCAGAAGGGUUCUUCUUCCUCUUCUUCAAAAUUUUUGAAGCUUUAAUGGAGUUUACAGCAAUCAAUUUUCGUGAGAUUGCCGCAUUCAAGAGUUUCUAGGCACUGCUCCAGCUCAAUUCACAUUUGCUUCGUAUCAAUUUUUGAAAUGGCUCAACCGGCAGAAGAACGUCCACAGUACAUACACAUUCAACAAAAUGAUUUUUUACAUCGAAAACAUAGGAAGCAAAAGGAGGAGGAUAUUGCUAUAUGUGAAUGCAAGUAUGAUGGAGAUGAUCCUGAGAGUGCUUGUGGGGAGAGUUGCUUGAAUGUACAUACCAGCACAGAAUGCACUCCUGACUUUUGCCCUUGUGGUGACUAUUGUAUGAAUCAGAAAUUUCAAAAAUGUGAAUAUGCUAAGACAAAGUUGUUCAAAACAGAAAAUCGUGGCUGGGGCCUUUUAGCAGAUGAAGAUAUAAAGGCAGGACAAUUCAUAAUUGAGUAUUGUGGAGAAGUGAUAUCAUGGAAAGAAGCCAAAAAAAGAUCACAAGCUUAUGAAACUCAAGGUGUUAGGGAUGCAUUUAUAAUAUCUCUUGAUGCCUCUGAAUCUAUUGACGCCACCAGGAAGGGUAGCCACGCGAGAUUUAUAAAUCACUCAUGCCAACCUAACUGUGAGACGAGGAAGUGGAAUGUCUUGGGGGAAGUAAGGGUUGGAAUAUUUGCAAAGCAAGAUAUCCCUAUUGGAAUUGAACUGGCAUACAACUACAAUUUUGAAUGGUAUGGCGGUGCCAAAGUUCGAUGCCAAUGUGGUGCAGCUAGCUGCUCGGGAUUUCUUGGGGCAAAGUCUCGUGGUUUUCAGGAGGAUACAUACCUAUGGGAAGAUGAUGAUGAUAGAUACUCAGUUGAGAAAAUUCCUCUGUAUGAUUCUGCCGAGGAUGAGCCUUCGUCUAAGCUUUAUAACUUUGCAAAUUCUGAAUAUAAUGUGGAUGGUGCUAAUGCGGCAUCUGAGCACCAGUUCUUGUCAACUUCUCUUGUUGUUCAGUCCCUUGAUUCAGUGCCAAUGGAGGGGAUGGAUAUCGAUGAAUUUAAAACUGAUGAAGCGAAUGCAGAGAGUAAACUAUACUCCCAAGAUGCUCAACACACACCUUCACAAAAACAUGCAGCGACAUCUCACAGUACAAGUAAUAGCACAACUCGAAAGUAUCAGGUUGGACCAAAGUCUAUGGCAAAGAAAAAGUCAAAGCGGUAUGCUAAUGGGAAGUUGAAAAAAGCAGCACAGAAGGAAGUAGAUAUGAAGUUGGUUGCUUUACUUUUGCCAACUAAGGAAGCACAAGAGGAAGUAUUGAAAUUCGAGGAAGUGAAAAAUUGUGCUACCUCCCAUCUUAAAACUUUAUACGAUGAGAUACGACCUGCCAUCGAAGAACAUGAAAGGGACCACCAAGAAAGUGUAGCUACCACUGUAGCUGAGAAGUGGAUAGAAGCUUCCUGCAUGAAAUCGAGGGCAGACUUUGACCUUCAUUUUUCAGUGGUAAAACAUUUCGUGACCACGCCUCAAAAAGCCAAUGGCGAAGCAAAACCAACCGAGGCUGAUGAUCAGGGCGAAACAAAGUACUUGACAAAUUGAUGAACAGUCAACUAUGCAAUUCACCAUGCACAUCAACAAUAAAUGGAGUUCGACGAGAAAAUCUACUUGUGACAAGAGUCCAAGUAUGUUCGGGCAUGACUGAAGCGAAAGCUCUUCUCAUUCAUGUAUCUUCUAGUUUGGAAUUCUUACCAAAACAAUUUGGAUCAUGAGUGACAACCCUAAUUUGGGAUGUAUGCUUAAUUUGAUGAGCAUCUAAUUUUUCAUGUCCAACUCCUAGGAAAUAAAAUACCAUUUGUUAAAACAAAGGGCAUAUAUGUAUGUGCUUCUAUGCCUUGGAAAAAUUAUGUAGUAUUUUUCAUUUCUUC